CUCUGUUGGUGAAUGUUAGUACAGGGAAGCCGCGGCCGCCAUUUCAGAGAGCUUGCCGACGCUGUCGCCGGGGUGGAUCCUCCGCUGCCGAAGCCGCCUUCCUGAACUCCCGCGCGGGCUCCUCUAAUCCCAUUGUUUCUUUUAGAUUCUCUUGGGCCUAUCCGCCCUCGGAGCCCGAAAUUUGGGCUGGGUGGUACUGCGGCCUGGGCCUAGCGGCUUAACAGUAGCAACAGCGGCGGCAGUAGCAACCCCCCUCUUUCCGAAUACGAGCACCGCUGGGGCCCCGAAAGCCCGCACAGGCGUUCAGAGAAAAUGGCAGACGAUAUUGAUAUUGAAGCAAUGCUUGAGGCUCCUUACAAGAAGACUUGCCUAACGAUAUCUCACCUCUACUCCCAUGAAUUCACCUUUGAUUCCAGUGUGAACUGUCAAUCAUAAGGGCGAGAUGUGUGACAGAGGUGGCAUCAAGCUCUUACAGUCCCAACCCUCCAACGGAAAUGGGCGAAGAUCUCAGGAAUGGCAUCGGUCACAGGAAAUCGAUAGUGGCUGGCUGCUAGCAUGGCCACAUGGGGCUUAGGCAGAAAUAGAGCCAUGGUACUGACCAAAGGGGCCAUAGCACAUGGAAUAAAACUCAACAGGACUUCAUUCAUGUUUUAUAGAAAUUCUAUUUAACCACUUCAACACUGUAAAUCUGGAUAACUUACUAUCUAACUAUGUAAGAAAAUAAAAUUUGACGUGUUAAUAUGCAUUUUUAUUUUUGUAUCUUGAUGACUUAAUUUGUAAGCAACAAAGUGGUUAAACACAUAUCCAUCUAAAUUUUUUUAUAGCCUUCCAUGUUAAACUGUAAAUAAGUAAUUAGUUUUAAAAUUGUUUUGUAUUUUCUUAUUCCUAUUCCCUUUACCCUUUGACAACUUGAAAUGUUACCACUUCGUCCUCAUGAUGUUCUUCUAUCAACCCUGCUUAGGAUGAGAACAAGUUGAGCAGUGCCAACGGCCAUGAAGAACGUAGCAAAAAACAAAGUUUCUGCCUCCUUGGAAAGCUCUACAUCUCCUUGUGAUUGGAGUGUGGGUUUCAAGAUUCCAGAAGGUGGGAAAAAAAGCAAGAGCAGAAGUCGUAGUCAUGAACGAAAAAGAAGCAAAAGUAAGGAACGGAAGCGAAGUAGAGAUAGAGAAAGGAAAAAGAGCAAAAGCCGUGAAAGGAAGCGGAGUAGAAGCAAAGAAAGGAGACGGAGCCGUUCAAGAAGUCGAGAUCGCAGAUUCAGAGGCCGUUACAGAAGUCCUUACUCCGGACCAAAAUUUAACAGUGCCAUCCGAGGAAAGAUUGGGUUGCCUCAUAGCAUCAAAUUAAGCAGACGACGCUCCCGAAGCAAAAGUCCAUUCAGAAAAGACAAGAGCCCAGUGAGGGAGCCUAUUGAUAAUCUGACUCCUGAGGAAAGAGAUGCAAGGACCGUUUUCUGUAUGCAGCUGGCAGCAAGAAUUCGGCCAAGGGAUUUGGAAGAGUUUUUCUCCACAGUAGGAAAGGUUCGAGAUGUGAGGAUGAUUUCUGAUAGAAAUUCAAGACGUUCCAAAGGAAUUGCUUAUGUGGAAUUUGUCGAUGUUAGCUCAGUGCCUCUAGCAAUAGGAUUAACUGGCCAGCGGGUUUUAGGAGUGCCAAUCAUAGUACAGGCGUCACAGGCAGAAAAAAACAGAGCUGCAGCGAUGGCAAACAAUCUACAAAAGGGAAGUGCUGGACCUAUGAGGCUCUAUGUGGGCUCGUUACACUUUAACAUAACUGAAGAUAUGCUUCGGGGGAUCUUUGAGCCUUUUGGAAGGAUUGAAAGUAUCCAGCUCAUGAUGGACAGUGAAACAGGUCGAUCCAAGGGUUAUGGAUUUAUUACGUUUUCUGAUUCAGAAUGUGCCAAGAAAGCUUUGGAACAACUUAAUGGAUUUGAGCUAGCAGGAAGGCCGAUGAAAGUUGGUCAUGUUACUGAACGUACUGAUGCUUCCAGUGCUAGCUCAUUUUUGGACAGUGAUGAACUGGAAAGGACUGGAAUUGACUUGGGAACAACUGGUCGUCUCCAGUUAAUGGCUAGACUCGCAGAGGGUACAGGCUUGCAGAUCCCACCAGCAGCACAGCAGGCUUUGCAAAUGAGUGGCUCUCUGGCAUUUGGUGCUGUGGCAGAAUUCUCUUUUGUUAUAGAUUUGCAAACAAGACUUUCCCAACAGACUGAAGCUUCAGCAUUAGCUGCAGCUGCCUCUGUUCAACCUCUUGCAACACAGUGUUUCCAACUCUCUAACAUGUUUAACCCUCAAACAGAAGAAGAAGUUGGAUGGGAUACAGAGAUUAAAGAUGAUGUGAUUGAAGAAUGUAAUAAACAUGGAGGAGUUAUUCAUAUUUAUGUUGACAAAAAUUCAGCUCAGGGCAAUGUGUAUGUGAAGUGCCCAUCAAUUGCUGCAGCCAUUGCUGCUGUCAAUGCAUUGCAUGGCAGGUGGUUUGCUGGUAAAAUGAUAACAGCAGCGUAUGUACCUCUUCCAACUUACCACAACCUCUUUCCUGAUUCCAUGACAGCAACACAACUACUGGUUCCAAGUAGACGAUGAAGGAAAAUAUAGUCCCUUAUGUACAUAGCUUUUUUUCUUUCUUGAGAAUUCAUCUUGAGUUAUCUUUUAUUUAGAUAAAAAUAAAGAGGCAAGGGUCUGCUGUCAUUUGUAUACAGUUCCUGUUACCUUGAAAAAAUAAAAAUGUUAACAGGAAUGCAGUGUGCUCAUUCUCCCUAACUAGCAAAUCCCACUGUAUACAAAGCUGUUCUCUUGUUCUGCCUUUUAAAUGUACAUGUAGAAAAUUACAUUAAGGAUCUAUAGGAAUAGCUCUAGGGGAACAAAUGUGCUUAACAUAAAAAGGCAGACAGGGAUGUAAUGAUGUUUUUAAUGUUUCAGAAGCCUAACUUUUUACACAGCAGUUACAUUUCACUAAUGUUGAUAUUUGGUUAAUGGUUUAGCAGAGGUUUCUGGAAUACAUAGUUUAUGGAAAUUCAAGACAGCUAAAAGGGCUGUUUGAUUAACAUCUCAUCUUGCAUUCUGAUCAACUGGCAAGAAAAGGAGAUUUCAAAAUUACAUUUCUGGAUGGUAUCUUUUCAAUUAAUGUAUCUGUAAAAGUUUCUUUGUAAAUAUUAUGUGUUCGGGUGUGUCUAAGAUUCCAAACAAAAUGAUCCCUGCAUUUCCUCAAGAUGUUUAGUGACAGUCUGGUAAGCAAAGCAGUCUGAGCAAGAAAUAGGAAAUGCAGAAAUAGGUUUUGUCUGGUUGCAUAUAAUCUUUGCUCUUUUUAAGCUCUGUGAGCUCUGAAAUAUAUUUUUGGGUUACUUCAGUGUGUUUGACAAGACAGCUUGAUAUUUCUAUCAAACAAAUGACUUUCAUAUUGCAACAAUCUUUGUAAGAACCACUCAAAUAAAAUUCUCUUAAAAAGGCCACAAGAAA